CAACUCAACCUUUUGAUUCAUUAGGUCAUUCACUCACUCAUCAGUCUUGUACAAUACUCAUAAUUGAACUUUUGAUAACUUGCAUAUCUACAACUCCAACCAAUUACCUUGGGUACCUACUUUCCAAUUUCAAAGAUAAACUGGUUGCAUCUCAUUAUAUAGCACCGGUUGAUCGAGCCUUAAACAAGUUUUUCUUCCCGCCGUUUUAUGAAAACCCUCAAAAAACUUAUCCGAUUCAAACGGUUCAUUUCAAUUCACCACCACCUUAGCUCAGCUCAUCGCCGGGUAAGAGCGCAAAAGGAUCGCAAGCACACGGGUAUAAAGCCUAGGGCUUAAAAAUACUUUCCAAGCACCUUUUAAAAUGGCACUGCCAACCCCAGAGACUCAGGCCAAAGUUGCUAGCGAAGCCGCCCAAUCCUUCGUAGACCACUUCUACGAAACCCUCAACAAGCGGCGCCCGCUAGCCCCCUUCUACGCCUCCGCGUCCCCGCGCCUCACCGCCGCCGGCGUCGUCCCGGACAUCAGCAUCAACGGGCUGGUGCUCCCUUCCGUGUCCGCUUACGAGUCGCUGCUAGACACGCAAGCCGGAGGCGGAGGCGCUGGUGCUGGCGGUAGUGGUAGCAGUGGUUCGGCGCACGUAAACUACGACGUGGCGUCCUUCGACGCGCACCCCGUCAACCCGGUCUUCCGCAUCGGGGAGCCGGAAACAGACGCCGGCGCCGCGGUGAAGAGCGGGGACAGACUAAGUUUCGCGGUGCAGGUCAGCGGGGUCGUGCGGUACGGGAGGGGUCGCCGAGACGAUGCGACGGCGGGCGCGGGAGGAAACGGCGACGACGACGCGCCGCUCGAGAAGCCGUUCAACGAGGCGUUUCUGCUCGUCCCGCAUUGGGAGGCUUGGGCUCGGAAUGCGCCCCGCGGGCUGAGGAGGUGGGUUAUUGUUAGUCAGAACUUCCGCGCUCUGUGAGGGAGGAGAAGGGGGGAGGAGGUUUUUAACUACGAGGUUACGGGAGACUUUCACGGGUAUCUACCUACCUAACCUAGGUUAGGUACCUAUAUAUUAAUCAUUUACUUUAGGCACUUACCUCAGGUGGUUAGGAGGUAACUGUCCCUACAAGCAGAGCAGUUGGAAGUCAUGUCAAAGGGUGGAAGGGCAUGGGAGAAGUACGUAGCAUGUGUACUAUAUUUGUACUUUAUGACAGAGGAAAAGCAGAGGAUGGAAUCCGCCCAGUGUCAAGUUAGGUUCAUAUUGAAGUUCAUAUUGAAAUGAGUCGAGGUGGUCAACGCGUUAUUCAUAGGUUGUCAGAUCUCGAGUUAGGAAUACACCAGGCAGGUCAUAAAAUGGCAAGCAAAGCAAAGCGACUAAUCUAGAGAGACAUCUCAUAUUGUUUAAUCGUUGCCAUCUUUAAUUAUAAGCAUGUAUAUAUGUCCUCAUUAGCAAACUCGAGG